GUGCAUGCGCGCGCACGUGUGUUUGCGUUGCCUUGAUCAAGACGGAGCCCCCUCUAGCUCGGCACCGGACGCGGGAAGGUGGGCGCCAAGGCCGCGUCGGCGAUCGGCGAAAGGGGGCGGGCGAUCGGCGGGGCGGCGCCCAGCGACUACACUCUCCCGGCCCGCCACCUGCGCCUCCGCGCUUCCCUUUCUGGUCCCUCCUUCUUCCUUCCCUACCUGGCCGCGGCCACGUCAGGGGCUCCUGCUGCUGCCGCCGCCGCCGCUUCUGCUGCCUCUCUCCCUCCCUCCUUCGCCCGAUCGCUCGAUCCCUGCUCUGGGAUCCCCCCCACCUACCCCGGAGGAACCAUGAUCUCCUCCCGAGGGGGCGCCAUGCCGCCGCCCCCCAACGCCACCGCCUACUACCCGCCGCCGCGCAUCACCCUGCCCUCCGGCUUGGAGAUCCUGCGCACCUACUCGGGGGCCUUCAUCUGCCUGGAGAUCCUGUUCGGAGCACUUGUCUGGAUUUUAGUAUCCGCCACCCACGUCCCUCUGCCGCUGCUGCAGGGCUGGGUGAUGUUUGUGUCGGUGACGGCUUGCUUCACCUCCAUCUCCUUCCUCUGCGUUUUCCUCUUCAGUUACAGAGAAAGAAUCGCAAUUGAUUGGAACCGUUUGGAUUUCAUUUACCACGCAGGUGUCUUUGUCUGCUAUUUUGGGACCUUUCUACUGCAAGCGGCAACCACCUCUUUGCAUUCUCACCCGGUGAAGUACACCGUCAAUUUCGACACCACCAGGAACAUCACUACCACUAGCUUUGAGAAGCUUCUAAGUGAACACGAAUACAACUUGAGCAUCGCAGCUGCCAUCUUUGCCUUUGCAACAACUGUGUGUUAUGGGUGCAGCACUACCCUGGCUCUACGAAGAUGGAAGCUAUAGCACUAGAAUCGACAAGGCAGCUAAAGGGCAUCCCGUCUCGUUUGCGUACUUGUUCUGAUGAUCAAAUGAUGUACUACUUGUGGAGUUGCAAAGGAUGCUUGGAACACAUUUAUAUUUUUCUAAGAUGUUGACACACAAAAACAUACACAAGAAGUCUAUGUCAUAAUUAUAUAUGCGUGUAUAUAAUAUAUAUAUAUAAUAUAUAUAUAUUUGGACAAGGGUGGGGGAAAACUUGUUUAUGUCUCCAGUUUUCAGUUGCUUAUGUUAACUAAUUUCCCGGGAGCGUUACAGAUAGUAUUAUAAAGUUGAGUGAUGGAAUAGGGUUAUCGUCGGCAGACAACUGUGUACUUUUUUUUUGGUGCUAAACAUCUGCUUGCAAGAGAAACAAACAUCUCUGCAGACGGGCUGUGUCUCUCGCACACACACAAACACAGGGAGGCAGCUAUGAAACGAUAACCCGCCGAGCAUCCGCCUGAAAGCUAAGUGUGUUUGCAGGCCUGCCAACAUCAGCAGCUAAACACAACCUCCAUUUAUUUCAGUGCGGCAUCCUUUGGCAACCUGGUGCCCUCCAGAUGUUGUUUUGGUCCUGCUCCUAUCAGUUGUCAUUCCACAACAUCUGUAAGUUGGCAAAAGGUGCAGUGGGGACUGUGCUGGACUAGGGUUCCCAACUCCCUGGGUUUGGCCCUGAGUUGGGUUUUGCAGUCAAAUUCUCAAGGCCAUUGGGUAAUGUCAAACUGCUGCCUUUGAAUCUUGAGUCUAGGAGGUUUUCAGUAGUAUUCCUCUAAAACAGUAUAAAAAUAGCUCACCAUUCUGAAAGAGAAAAGGUGUAAACUUUUCUAUCAAUGUUUCCCCAGAUUUCCAGUUUCUCCAGUGGAAAAACCAGGGAGGAAACUUACCCAACCUCAUAUUACUUUUUCCCUGUUUCUCUUGAUCUUCACAUCUGUAAGUGCCACCACUCUGAGCCCAAUUUAGGUCUCUUUUCAAAAACUGGCCGCUCCAUUCCAGAGAUCUGUCAACGGCAUGUGGGAUUUCCAUGGAAAUCUCUUGAAAUCAUUUAACAAUUUCUCAGGAGCCAUGCUUGGUGGGUUCUCCUAAUGCUCUUGAACUGAUGUCUAUGCAGGCAGUAAAUGUAAUAUUUUUCAGAAAGUUGAUUUCCCCUUUUUUAUUACUUUAAAAAAAAAGUAAUUUAUGGAAAGGUGGGUGGGCGGGGGAGUCUUUUAAUAUUCAUUCAGUCCUUAUAUAAGGAUCUACUUUUAGUUUUUAAACUGUACUUUUCACCUGUAAUCCUCAAAGCAUUUUAGAGAAAAAAAUUCUUGCCUAAGAGGAAAGAGUUAGGUAAGCAACGUACUCAAAGCUUUAACAUUAGCAGAGAAUGGAAGUGUACUUAAAAAAAAAAAAAGGCAAGCCAGGAAUAUUAAUUGGUUGGAUUUGAAAUCAUGACAACUAGCUAAUUCAAUAACCAUAUAGAUCUCAAAAUCCGGGCUCUUUCUAUCUGGUAUUUGUUGGGCUGAUAAUAUAAAUAUUUUUUACAGCUCUGAAUUUAAAUUGUAUAUCAAAAUACCUUUUUGAAACUAUUUGUGUUUCUUCAAGGGAAAUAGUUAUAUUCAGUUUUAAAAUACAUACCUGUAUUGAUUAGCACUGUAGUUCAUAUGAUCCACGCAAAAAACAGGCAUAUUGUUUCAACUCUGUGUGGGCUGUAUAAACUUGGAUUUUAUUUCUUUCUUCUCCUGGUCCUGCGCGUCUUACUGCAACAAUAUGGAGUCCCUUUGGGCAAGAUCUGGAAAGUGCCAAUGUCUAAACUCAUAUUAUCUAAUUUAUAAUGUAGACUCCCACACUUAUUGGAAACGGCUUUAGAUUUUCAAAGCCAAUAGCUUCUUGCAUUGACAAAUUUUGUUUCAGCAACAUGUAUUUAUAUUGCAGAGCACCUCUAAAGCAUUGUUCUCAGCGUGGAAAAAAUGUAUAUUUGUGGUUAACUGUUGUGCAGAUUUCUCCCUUGCAUAUAAAUGUUUGCACUAUUUCAUCUGGAUGAGCAAGUUCUUAACCCAUUUAUGCUUUCUGUAAGUGUGGCAUUUAACUCUUUCUUCUAACGAAAGUUUCUUAAAGAUCAUGUGAAUGGAAUUGA